GUACCUCCACUACACCUUACACAAAGGAAGAGGAGGAGAAGAUGGCCGCCAUUUUGAGGGAAAGGAAAGAGAAGAAAGAGGCCAAGAAGAAGGCCCUACAGGAGGAGCAGGCGGCAAAGUUGAAAAAGAUAUAGGAGGAGAUGGCCAGAGAGAAGGAGAGGUUGAAGAAAGAAGAAGAAGCGAAGUUGAAGGAGGUGGAAGAAGAAGAGGAGGAAGAUGACCAGCCACUGGAAAGGAGGAAGGAGCAGCGAGAGGAGUACAGUGGCAGCAAAGGUGAGGAGAUGGAGAAGAGGAUCUCAGAAUGGGUCGCCAACUUAUCCUUGGGAGAAGAAGAAGAGGUAGUCAUGUACGUCCCCAAGGAUGAGCAGGAAGCCGCUAUGAAGGAGUGGGAAGCAGAAGGAGAUGUUAUGAAGCGGCAGGCGAUGGAAGAUGAGAAGAGAAUGGAGUGGAAGUUAAGGAUGAUGAGGGAGAAGAAGAAGAGGGUGGACGCGGCGAAUGAAGCGGUCAAAGAUCUAGAGGAGGUACAAAAACUGACUCUACGAUUGACCCCUCAGGUAGAUCUCCAACAAAACGUAGAGAUCAUUGCCCAAAGUGUUGAGCGUUUAGCCCGGGUACAGGAACAACAAUACGAGUUUAGUCGAAGUCAAGAUAUGGUCGUGCGCUCGAUGCGAAUGGGACUUCGGGACUUCGCUCGCAAACUGGUAGGCGCAGUAGGAGCCGAGGUGAAUCAUCGUCUCGAGAAGACUGAACGCUUCUGCGUCGGUGCCAUUGAAGGCGUCAAGGCGGCAGCUCCCAAGGAGGAAGAGGCACGUCCUCGCAGGGAGCCAGUCAAAGUCAAGUUCCCUAAUUCCUACAGUGGAAAAAGGGAACAAAACUUUGACAAUUGGGAGGCCAAUGUCAAGACCUAUGUGCAUUUGCAACAGGUCUCCCCAGAUCAGUACGUGUUGAUUGCGAUUCAUGCGCUUAGAGAUGAAGCCGCCAGUUUCGCGAGGUCCCUAGUCCGCUCUGCCAACUGCAACGAUGAUGCAGUUGCUUACUCAUCAUUCACCCCCCUCGUGGAUUUCAUGAAGUUGUUGCGCGAGCGAUUUGCUGAUGUCGCUCGUAGUGUCAAAGCCUCAGAUAAACUCCAAACAAUCCAUUCUCGUAAGUGGAAGAGCGCCAGGGCACUUAAGAGCACAAUGGACGAGUUAGUGGUUGUACCUGACCACGGGGUCACCGACACCCAGUUGGUCGGCCUCUUCUAUCGGGCUAUGCCCGAAGCCUUUCGAGGGCAUUUCUUCGCGAAGAGCGAAGACCCUGCCACCACGGCCCGUGAAGUGGUGGCCUUCGAGGCGAAGUCGGUGUCAGUUUCUACAUUCUGGCACAAAGACUUAGACAAAGGAAAGCAAUGGAAAGGUUGCACUAUCUCAGGGCAAGUUAAGACUAAGUAUAGUCUUGUCCUAACUUUAGACGAAGGUAGCGUCGGCGAGAUCCCCUAUGAACAGAUUGAAUGGGGGUUAGAGGAUGAGGACAGCGGUGCGAGUCAGGGGAGAACUUACGCUGCUGUCGCGGCUGGAGGGAGGCCGCAAGGAGGAGGACGAGGCCAGGGCCAAGGGGGCCGAGCCUCAGGGAGCCGGUUUCAGGGCGAUCAAGGGGUUGGCGGCAGAGGAGGAAACCGCCAAGCGGGAGGAAGGGGUCAAGGUCCCCCGCUAAAUCGUCCUAGGAAUAGGUCUCCCUAUAGGUUAGGUGGAUGGCACCCAGGGCUACCGCAGGGUAGGCCUUGGGAAAGUUUGGGUCUGGACCAGAGCUUAUGGCAACAGCGUCUGGACCGGGGCCAGUGCAUUUACUGCGGUGACCCGGGCCAUAUCAUUAAAUAUUGUCCUAAGUUUAGAGAGACCCGGACGGUUGCUCAAGGGCCAAAAGGCAGUCGCCGGUAGGGGUAGCAACUGCCCCUACCAUUAGGCCAUGUGGGGAAAAUAGUGUUAGCCGGCAGGAGACUC